CUGAGCACCAGGAAAUGAUGAUGAUGAUGGUGAUGAUGAUGAUGAUGAGUGUGUAGCUCACAGAACUGGGAGGAGAAACCAGCAGAAACAGCAGAAGCGACAACUUUAGUGAAGAUGAGCGACGCGAACCAGCCUCGAGUGGAACUUUUCGUGAAGGCAGGAAGUGAUGGUCAGAGCAUCGGUAACUGUCCGUUCUCUCAGCGUCUCUUCAUGGUUCUGUGGCUGAAAGGAGUCACCUUCGACGUGACCACAGUGGACAUGAAGAGGAAGCCAGACAUCUUGAAGGACCUGGCUCCGGGCGCUCAGCCUCCCUUCCUGCUGUACGGCAGCGAGGUGAAAACCGACACCAACAAGAUCGAGGAGUUUCUGGAGGAGAAUCUCUGCCCUCCAAAAUAUCCUCGUCUGGCAGCUCGUAACCCGGAAUCCAACACAGCCGGCAUGGACGUCUUCUCCAAGUUCUCCGCUUACGUCAAGAACUCCAACCCUCAGACGAAUGAAAAUCUAGAGAAAGGCCUGCUGAAGGCUCUGAAGAAGCUGGACGACUACCUCGGUUCCCCACUUCCUGACGAGAUCGACGAGAAUAGCGCUGAUGAGGUCACUUCCUCGUCCCGCCCCUUCCUGGACGGCCAAGAGCUCACUCUGGCUGACUGCAACCUGCUGCCGAAGCUGCACAUUGUGAAGGUGGUGUGUUUGAAAUACAGAAACUUCAGCGCCCCUCAGUCCCUGACGAACCUGUGGAGGUACCUGAACGCUGCGUACGCCAGGGAGGAGUUCGCCUCCACCUGCCCGAUCGACGACGAGAUCCACAUGGCCUACUCCUCUGUAGCUAAAGCGCUAAAGUAGGCGGAGAACGGUGGAACACACCAGCAGAGCAGCAUGCAAGAAGCACAGAAACACUCACAUCCUCACGAGCUGUGCAAGCAACGUGGUCGACGAGUCUCUCUGUUGGCUUAGACGCUUUCUGUAGCGUCGUCAUGCUGCUCUCACGGGUUUAUUGUUAAACUGGAUGACAUGAAAACAAACACAAAACCGUUCAGCCCGGGUUUCAUUUAUUUAGCUGACGAUGAUUAAUGGGUCAUUCCAACCAUCUUCAGUUUGGCUGUUUUUACUUUAAAAUGGUCAAAAAUGACAAAUGCUCGUCAAAAUCUGUUCAAAACCACAUAAUAGUUGUCCAAGGCUGUCAAAAAUUACUCCCGUUUGGUUCAGAGUGACUCAGAAUGUGUCCAAAAUAACUCCAAAAAUACAAAUAAAAACACAAAAAGGAAAAAUUGAUUUGAAAUCUUCUUGAAAUGACUGAAAAUCUGUGGAAAAUUACAAAGAAAUUGUCCAGAAUAACACAAAACUAGUCAAUGCAACUCAAAAAUGUUGAAAAUGACGAAAACUCAAACUUUUAAAAUGACUAAAACUCUAAAAUGUUCUCAGGAUUUUUCCAGAUUUGUCCAAAAUAACAAAAAAGUCCAAAACACGUCAAAACUGACUUGGAAUGUUUUGGAAAUUAGCCAGAUUGAGUUGACCAUGUGUAAAAUCGGAGCUCAUUGGUAACAUUAGUUUAUGAGUUAAAAAGUCUCAAAGAGCGGUGGUGUCUUUUAUUUUUUCAUCAUUUUCUUUCCACCAAUCUGUGGAUCAAUGUUUGAAGAGCCAUAACUUUAGAUUUCAUGUGGCUAGAGUCUUGAAAUUUGGUAGAAUCAUUGAUAUGAACACAUGGUCUCCAAUGGUGCAACCCUGCUUUGAUAGAAUAAUACAAACUGGUUAUAUGAUGGUAGAAAUUUGGUUAAAAAAAAAAUUGCCUUGUUUUGCUUUUUUUCCCAAUAUUCCACCAGCCGUACAACUUUUAUGUUUCACCUUAAGAGGCAGAUUUUUCCCUGUUAUUGGCACCAAUAGGAGCUUUAAAAAUCUACAUUUUUAAAGAUUCUAUUGUUGCUAGUCAUAGGUAAAAAUAAUUCUGGCUCUUGUGGGGAAAAAUAGAAGUUUUAUGGUUGGUGGAAUAUGUGAAUAGAAAAAACAUCGACUUUUUUUUAAAAUCAAAUUUCCACCAUCGUAUAACCAGUUUGUAUUAUUCUAUCAAAGCAGGGUUGUACCAUUGGAGACCAUGUGUUCAUAUCAAGGGGUCUACCAAAUUUCAGGACUCUAGCUACAUGAUUUCUCAAGUUAUGGCUCUUCAAACAUUGAUCCACAGACUGGGGCGAAGAAAACUGCAAAAAUCAACAUUACCCCACCUUAAUUAAGAAAUCUUAACUGAAAACUUUUUGUGACCAAAAAUACUACACACUUUACCUAAUAACGUAAGUAUGCACAGAAAAUCAGACAAAUAUGAGAUGGUCAGGUGGGAACUUUUAAAAUAUUUGGUGAAUUGAGGUGGGUUGACUUGUCGAUCACGUUGCUUGCAGAUACACGAACAUGUUCACACACCUUUUUAACUACAGCCUUGCUUGUGUACAGUUUAACCAUCAGUAGAGACACUGAUGCUCAUUGUUCCAUUGUUAUCGAUGCCUCCAUUUGUCCUUGAUGUUUUUUUGUGGGGUUAAAUUUCAACAGACACAACGCUGCCUACCGGAUCUAACCUUCACUAGUACCUUGCAAGCCUCACGCAGGCCGAUUCUUAUUCUUCUGUUUGAGGAAGUGAAGUUUGAAUACCAGCGCCAGCUCACCUGCCAAAGAGUCUCUGCUUCACGUUGACUUUUAUUUCAUUACUGAGGGACUAAGGCCUUUCACAGCUAAGGAUUACAGCAUUUUUUAAUAUUUCCAUUAAAGCCAAUUUCCAUUCGCGACAUUUAUUCGUCGUCGUUGCGCCUCAGAGAGGAAGGAGGUGCAGAUUGAGUCUUGCUAUAGGGAGCUGAAAACAGUUACAGAGACAGGAAAUGAUUUCAAUAGAGUCGGGCUUCCCCUUUCUGCACUCCCACAGCAGGCGCGAAGGAUUAUUUAAGAUUACCGAGCUUGUUUGUGAUCCGAUGCACAGGGCUUCUCGCCAACAAUUUAUUUAGUUCUGCCUGUCAUGUAUGGAAGUGAGAGAGGUUUAGUCGCUAUGGAUGAAGAAGUGAAGCUCUGCCUCCUGUAGCAUGUUAGUCAUGAAAGGAAAAACUAGGAGGGAAUAAUGUGUGUAAAGUUUCAAAAAAACUGCUUUGAUGGCUUUAGCUUGUAGGUUGUUGUUAAUGAUUAAAGGAUAAGGCUGGAGUUGGUUAAUAUUUCUCUAAUUGUGAGUAAAUCCCAUGAAAACAAUCUAGUAGUCAGGGAGAAGUUCAUUCAUUCAAAAUAAACAGCUGGACACUGUAGUUUGUAGUAAACAGGAGUAAAGAGUGUAUUUGUUGGGGACUAUAUUAAGCUGCGGAUUAAUACACAUUUAGUGCUUCUCUUUAGCAGAAACUACACUGCCUGUGUUCAUCAUAAUAAAAGACCAGAGUGCUUCGACGUAGCUCAUUUUUAAGUAUUUUAGUACCACAGCAGCGUUAAUCAGUUUGGUCUGAACCAUCGAUAAAUACAUUCAUGUUUCCCGGUUAUGAAUCCUGCUGACUUCUGUUGAUCAUCCACGCUUUUACUGAAGAGCCGCCGUAAAGUUAACUUAUGAGAUUUUUAGUUAAAUGUGUCAAGAGCUACUGGAUGCCAUCCAUCCAUCCAUCCAUCCAUCCAUCCAUCCAUCUUCUUCCAUUUAUGCUAAUCUGUAAAUUUUUAGUCUGCUUAGUCUUUGAGAUAAACUGAGGAACUCGGAGUAGAGUUACAUCACCUUCAAGUCAGGAGUCAGCUGAGCUGGUCUGAGGAUCUGGUCAGGAUUCCUCCUGGGCGACUAGGAGGAGAUCUGGAGGUAGAAUCAGGACUCUCUGGAGGGAUUACAUAUCUCAUCUCAUAUCUCUCAGAAAAGUGAAUGUAUGGAUGGUGACCAGAGUUAUACCUGCUACAAAUCAGCAUGUUGAUGUUAGCAUGUUAGCUUGUUGACGCUAGCAUUUAGCUCAAGCACAGCCUUGCAGAGCCCCGUGUUGCACACAGCUUAUUAGGGAGAUACCGUUGAAAUUUCUAAUUUAUUUUUUUAUGCUAAAUUUGAUGUAAAAACCUAAACUAUCAGAAGCAAUAACAUUUCAAGAUGUGAUGAUUUUAACUAAGACUCACAAAGUUUAAGUUUUCUGUAUAGAUUCAGAGCUGCGUAGUUCAGUUUGAGGAGUUUCCUUUUUGAAUUUUGAUCAUCCAUAACUUCAAAUGCUGAACGUCUCCAUGUACGAUUCUUUGUGUUAAAAGUUCAUUUUGUUAUCAUUGUCCAGACUCAACUUGGUACCAAAAUCAGUUAAUAGUUGCUAGCAGGAUCAGUGCAUUGUUGGUUUUUCUGUUUUCAUGGGAUUCAUUGAUACCAGCCUUGUCCUUUAACCCUCCUGUUGUCCUCAUUUACGGGCACCAAAAAAUAUUGUUUCCUUGUCUGAAAAAAAUCCAAAAAUUCAGCCAAAAAAAUUCCCCAAAUUUCUGAAAAUUUGCAAAACCUUCAGGAAGAAAAUUCCAUUAAUUCCUUAAAAGUUUCAGAUAAAAAAAUUUAUUUAAAAAAAAUCCCCCAAAUUUGGCAAGAAAAUUCUUGUAACUAUUUUCAAAAAAUGAGUAAAAAUCUUCCAAAAAAUCCUAAAAAUAUCGAAAGUGAUUCCAUAUAUAUCAUUAAAACUUCUAAUAUUUUAAAAGAAACAUUUUUUUAUACCAAAAAAUAUUCAAAAAUUUCCCAAAAAUGUUGAAAAUGUGGACAGCAGAAGUUUCACUGGGAAAAUCCCCCCCCCCCCCCCCCCCCCCCCCCCCCCCCCCCCCACAUUUUCAGACUUUAAAACAGGUCAGUUUUGACCCGCAGGACGACAGGAGGGUUAAAGCCUUGUUGUAACCUCUGAGAUGUCAGAUUUAGCAUUGGAUUAACUGGCUUCUAGACGACUGCUGGUGUGAAACUCCUGUUGAAGUGACUUGAAAUGAACUCGCUGGGAGGAACUGGAACUAAAAACGCCUCGUCCGACUGUAGCAGCAGCAGCUUGUGUGGAGGAUUUAUCAACUGGAAGGCAAAUUAACAUUUCCAGAAGCUGUUGGUGAUUCUAAAUAGUGUUGUGAGCUCCGGGCAGCCUCGUCAUGCGUCGUUAAAAAAAUAAAGUACCUAAGUGCAAUUUAAACUGAUUAGAAAUACAGUGUGAGCAAAUUUGGUUAUUUUUCUACAGAAGUUUAAUCACAGAAGUUCACAGAGAGGAUGUAUUUACUUGGCUGAAUUAUUGUGGAGUUUUUUUUAAAGGGAUCUAGCCUGAGUGACUUCAUGCUGAUGUGUUUUAGUAUUUCUUGUUCACGUCUAAAUGUAGGAUUUGAUGCAAUUUCAAGCACGAUGUCAAAUUCUUAAAGUUUCAUUUGCAUAGUUUGUUUUUCACAUCACUCUUUUAACUCUUAUUUUUUAUUUUGUAUUUUAUGUCAUGCAUGUGCUUCGUUACCCAUAUUGUGCUUUUCACGUUUCCCUAUGAAUAUUUUAGCCUAGUCAUUUUUAUGCUGUUUGCUGUCAUGUAGUUAGAAGCAGCUGCACUUCAAACGUCCACAGGAUGAAACCAGUAGAUUAAACCAGCAAUGAAGACAAUCAAACUAAUGGCACUGCUGAAAUGUAAAUGUUAAAGCUCUUAAAAAGACACAUUUAUUAAUGUCCCAAUAAAAUACCUUGACAUUAAA